AUGAGGUGGCGGUACUCUUGUCGAGGAGCGAUUCUUUUCGGCCAUCUCGUCCUCUGCUUUCCGGCCAUCUGGUGGAUGCCCGCCGCCGCCGAUGUGCCGGCGGGCCAGCGGCCCGGCUGCCCGUCCAGGUGCGGGGACGUCGACAUCCCCUUCCCAUUCGGCGUCGGCCCUCGGUGCGCGAUGCAGACGUUCUACGACUUCAAGAUCGACUGCGUCUCCUCGAAGCCUUUCUUCCGGGGCGCCGAGGUGACCAAGCUCUCCGUGUCCGACGGCAAGGCCUCGAUGAACAUGAACAUAUCCACGUACUGUUACGACCCGUCGUCGGGCGCGAUGAGGAGCCGAAGCGCGUCCGCGGACUUCAGCGAUUCGCCCUACUGGAUAUCGGACAGGGACAACAAAGUCGUCGUCAUCGGGUGCCAAACGCUCGCUUAUAUGCAGAUCAAUUUUGCUUUAACAGGUUGUGUGUUAACAUGCACGGAGGAUUUCAGCCCUGUGGACGGUGUAUGCUCUGGAGCUGGCUGCUGUGAACUUGAUUUUCCUAAUGGCACAUGGUAUUAUAGUUCUUAUUUCAAUGAAAACUACAACAAUAGCCAAAUAUGGAAGACCAAUCCCUGCAGUUACAUGGCAGUGAUAGAGACUAAAUCAUUCAAUUUCAAUGCUACUUACGUCAACUCCACUAUAUUCUAUGACACAUACAAAGGGGUAACUCCAGUUUCGUUAGACUGGAUCAUAUCAAUGGAUUCAUGUGACGAUGCUAAGAAAAACACCACAUCAUAUGCAUGUAUUAGUGGAAACAGCAAAUGUGUCAGUGAACCGAAGGGAGGUUAUCGUUGUGCCUGCAGUGAUGGAUAUGAAGGCAACCCAUACAUCAACGAUGGAUGCAAAGAUAUUGAUGAGUGCCUUGACAACACUACUUACCCCUGCAACGGAAUAUGCAAGAACACAAUGGGGGGUUUCACCUGCUCGUGCUACCCUGGAAGUUAUAUGACGGAUGGUGUUUGCCAAACUAAUAGAAAAUCCCGUUUUCCACCUGCAGCAUCGUUUGUAAUAGGUGGAAGCAUUGGACUCGUUGUCCUAGUGAUUGCCAUUGCUUGUGCAUGGUUCAUCCGAGAACGAAGAAAGCUACAACGCAUCAAACAACAUUAUUUUCGACAACAUGGUGGUAUGCUGCUUUUUGAAGAGAUGAAAUCCCAACAAGGUGUUACGUUCAAAAUAUUCUCUGAAGAAGAACUACAACAAGCGACAAACAAAUUUAGUGAACAACAAAUUAUUGGCCAAGGAGGCAAUGGAAUUGUUUACAAGGGUCUUAUCAAGGGCAACAUAGAAGUAGCCGUGAAAAGAUGCAUGACAAUUGAUGAUGCCAAGAAAAAAGAGUUUGGCAAAGAAAUGUUAAUCCUAUCUCAGAUCAACCACAAAAACAUAGUUAAAUUGUUAGGUUGUUGCCUCGAAGUGGAGGUCCCUAUGCUAGUCUAUGAGUUUGUCCCAAACAACACACUCUUCCAUCUCAUCCAUGGAAACCAUGAUCAACAAAUCUCUAUAGGCACUCGCUUGCGGAUUGCCCACGAGUCUGCAGAGGCACUUGCUUAUCUACAUUCAUGUGCUUCACCACCAAUCUUCCAUGGUGAUGUUAAGUCAUCCAAUAUUCUUCUUGAUGCCAACCUCUCAGCAAAAGUAUCUGACUUCGGUGCUUCCAUAUUGGCUCCAACAGAUGAGUCACAAUUUGUCACGUUGGUCCAAGGGACUUGUGGAUAUCUUGAUCCAGAAUAUAUGCGAACAUGCCAAUUAACAGAUAAGAGUGAUGUCUAUAGCUUUGGAGUUGUUCUUCUAGAGCUUCUCACAGGCAAGAAACCCAUCAACCUCUUUGCACCUGAACAUGAGAAAAGCCUAUCAGUGAUAUUUCUCAUAGCGAUGGAUGAGAACAAACUUGAAGAUAUAUUGGACGAACAAAUAAAGAACGACGGUAAUUUAGGUUGUCUCCAAGAGAUUGCAGGGUUAGCAAAGUGGUGCUUGGAAAUGUCAGGUGUAAACAGGCCAUCAAUGAAGGAAGUUGGAGAGAAGCUUGAUACGUUGAGAAAGGUCACACAACAUCCAUGGGAGGAACAUAAUUUGCAGGAGCUGGAAAGCCUACUUGGAGAACAUGGCACAACACAGGUUAUCAGCAAUACUGGAAAUUUCAGCAUAGAGGAAAAUGUUGUCAUGGGGCUAAAAUCAGGGAGAUAAAUCCCUACAGUUUUCUUGACGAUGUUAGUAACAAUGUCUGCCAGAUUUUCCAACUAA